CCUUCCGGGCCGCCCCGGAAGCGGCGCCGAGCGGGUCCCGCCCGCCGCCGGCACCGGCCGCGCGUCGGUGACACCGGAGCCCCGCGGGGAGGCCGCGAGCCGGUGAGUGCGGGGCGAGGCCGCGCUCCGCCGCUGCCCGUGCGGGGCUGUCCCGGGGCGCGGGGAGCGGCCGAGGGGGACGCGCCGGGGUCCUCCCCGCGGUUCCGGGGCUGCGGCGGCGCUGGGACGCACCCGGGACCCCGCGGCGGGUGUUCCCCGUACCGGGCUCGCUCCCGUCCCUCCCUCCGUGCCCGGUGCCCCGGGCCGCCGCCCCUCCCUCCACGAUGCCGGACCGCGACGGUCGCGACGGCUACGCCACGGGCGGCAGCGGCGACGAGUCGGGCGCCGGCGCCGACGACGACAUCUGCCGCGACUUCCUGCGCAACGUCUGCAAGCGGGGCAAGCGCUGCCGCUUCCGGCACCCCGACAUCUCCGAGGUCACCAACCUGGGCGUGCGCAAGAACGAGUUCAUCUUCUGCCACGACUUCCAGAACAAGGAGUGCGUGCGCCUCAACUGCCGCUUCAUCCACGGCACCAAGGAGGACGAGGACUGCUACAAGAAGACGGGCGAGCUGCCGCCGCGCCUGCGGCAGAAGGUGGCGGCGGGGCUGGGCCUGUCGCCCGCGGAUCUGCCCAACAGCAAGGAGGAGGUGCCGAUCUGCCGGGAUUUCCUCAAGGGCGACUGCCAGCGCGGCGCCAAGUGCAAGUUCCAGCACCUGCAGCGGGACUACGAGUACGAGGCGCGCGGCCGCGAGCAGGGCCGGCGCUACGAGCCCUACGACGGCCUCUACGACCCCGACGAGCCGGUGCUGAAGCGGCGGCGGGCGGAGGGGCUCUACGAGAGCUACGAGUACGGCUUCGCCAGCCCGCGGGCCGUGGAGUACCGGCUGCUGGAGGAGGAGAACGUGCUGCUGAGGAAACGGGUGGAGGACCUCAAGAAGCAGGUGAACAACCUGCUGGCCACCAACGAGGUGCUGCUGGAGCAGAACGCGCAGUUCCGGAACCAGGCCAAGGUGAUGACGCUCAGCUCCACGGCCACGGCCACCGAGCAGACGCUGGCGCCCACGGUGGGGACGGUGACCAACUACAACCACAGCAUCGCCCAGACGCACACCACGCUCAGCAGCCAGGCCCUGCAGCCGCGCCCCGUCACCCAGCAGGAUUUGGUGGCGCCGGCCGGCGCUCAGGCCGCCCCGCCGGCCAACGCCGCGCCCCCCAUGAACCCCGAGAUCGCGCCGCUGUCGGCGGCUCUGGCGCAGACCAUCGCCCAGGGCAUGGCGCCCCCGCCCGUGUCCAUGGCGCCCGUGGCCGUGUCGGUGGCGCCGGUGGCCGUGUCCAUGGCGCAGCCGCUGGGUGGCAUCACCAUGAGCCACGCCACCACGCCCAUGGUCACCUACCCCAUCGCCUCGCAGAGCAUGAGGAUAACGGCCAUGCCGCACUGACCCGGACGCACGGACACGUGGACACACGGACGCUGUGGGUGCUGUGUGUGAGGGGGGCUGUGCGUGUUCCGCCUCCCCGGAGCCCCGUGGACGGACUGAGCGCCGGGGCUGAGGCCAGGGGUGGCUCCCCGUGCCCUGUAAUGUUUUCAGCUAUUAAAACAACAAAAAAACAAAA